AAAAAACACAGAACACAAUUACGCAGCACAGGAAAGCUAGCUAGCUAGUACCUGCAUGAUGGCAAGCCGGCAUAGAGGCUUCCGGAUCGGCCGGAAGCUGCUCGGCCUGUGCCGCUGGGCGCUUUCCCACCGCCGGCGACGCCGCGGCGGCGGCUACCUCCGCCUCCAACGCUGCCAGCAGCUGGGAGGCACAGCAUAUAACUCCCCCGCGGCCUUCGGGAGCGCCAAGAAGCAGCAGCAGCUGGUCGUGCUGCCGCGGGACGAGCACGAGCCACGGCGGCGGGUGCUGACGUGGGGGCGGUCCCUGGCGCGCCGGAUGAGGCUCUUCCCACGGCGUGGCAGCGCCGGCGGCGGCGGCGAGCGGCUCCUGGAGGAGGAGGCCGCGGAGGCGACGACGCCCAAGGGGCAGGUUGCGGUGUACGUGGGCGGCGACGGGCCCGGCGGGGAGUCGUCGAUGAGGUACGUGGUGCCCGUGGUGUACUUCAACCACCCGCUGUUCGGGGAGCUGCUGCGCGAGGCCGAGGAGGAGUUCGGCUUCAAGCAUCCCGGCGGGAUCACCAUCCCGUGUGCGGCCACGCGCUUCGAGCGCGCCGCCGCCGUGGCCGGCAGCUGCAGCGGCAGGAAGGUGCCAGCGUGGUGGUAGCACGUGUUUGGCGAUCUCAUGUACAGUACAUACCGACGGACGUGAUCCAUCGAAUAGGCUUGGGAUAUGUGGUUUGACUUUUUUUUUUAUGCGCCACAAGUUUAGAAACGGAAGGUGUACAAAAUGCAAAGACAUCGAGUCUGUAAAUUUUGGAAGAUUCUAUGGGCGGGAGUGACUAAUUCUGAUCGAGAACUAACCUAAUUAUCAUGAAGCUGUAGUUGUGACUCA